CUCACAUUCCUUUUUUCCCGCGGAUGCAUGCUCUCGGACUCCACAGCGGGCGACUUGAAGCGAAGACUGCGGGACCAGAAGGAAUACUGACGCAAGUCGAAAGCGUUGUGAAGAGGUAAGAAACAGUUCACUGGGAAUCCACCACCAGGGACAGGAUGGUGGCUGUUAGCAGCAGUAGAACGGCCCGGCUCCCUGGUCUCUGGUCAGGACUCCUGUUGCCAGUCAGUCCCUCUCCUCCAGGCUCAGUAUGGCCCUCAUUUUGGGUGGGUAAUUAGCGACGCGAAAAUAUUAACCAAAAAAAUAAUUGUGACUUGGGAGGAGGAGCCGAGUGGGUUUCUGCUCUCGGCCUGGCCUUCUCUUUCCUAACUAACUCCUUUCACCUUCUUCCACUUCUUCCGAGAAGCUAGCAACUCGGGCAAUCUCCAAGUCCAGCUUGCUUGUCUGGUAACAACAGCCCUUUCCAGACCACUUUUAUCCAGAUUCGGCUUUCAUCCCAUCCGGACUCGGACUUCCAUUGGACACCACCAGUCCUCGAUUCCAAAGUCACUGUUCGAGUCCGCGGUUCGGUUCAAAUCACUGCCUGCCCUAGGUACCCUACCUAACCUGAUGCUUGGCUGCUGUUGAUACGCAGCUGCCGAAACGGACGGAUCUGGGUUGGCAUCUGGGUUGUUUGGUGCCGUGUCUCGCUGUAUCUAAUUCUGGAUCCCCGACUGUGAUGAUGCUGCUGCUGCCGCUGCUGCAGGCUUCGCAUGACUGAUCCCGAGAGACGAGACGAGACAUAGCCACGCAUCGAUUCUUGUGUUUUUCCCAGAAAACUAAACCACUAUCCAGCACAGCAUUUGGCACCGGCAUGAUGCAUCCUCCAAACGAACGGGAACGGGGUCACCAUUUCCACUUUGGUCGCCGUCUGACUCCGAAUAGUGCAGAGCUGAACAGUGCCAAUGGUGGUGGUGCCAAUGGCGCCGUCCCUUUUCCGGCGCAUGCUGGACCCGGACCCUGGCCGAAACACGACGCUGCCGCUUCAGGUCCGUUGCACCAUCAGCAGCAGCACCCUCAGGCCCCCAACAACAACCACCAUCAUCCCGUCCACUGCAAUCCGCUCCAGCAACAUCCACCACUCCUGAACAACGAUAAUAACCACAACCACCACCACCCGAUCCGCAUGGAACCGCGCCGAGGGAGUCAUGGACAUGGCCGCACAUCGCCCGCAAUAGCCUCAGCACCAGAAGCGCAUUCCCAACACCCGCAGCGCACCCAGUAUGCCAGUGCAAUGAACCACCACAGGCCGACUGUGCCCCUGGCGCUCCCAAACCGCACCCCGGCCUCCCCUCGCUGGGAUUCCAUCGAUGCACGCUCGAGAAAUGUUUCGCCCGUCCCUCCGAGUCCAUUCCAAGUGAAUCACAACCACCACAUCACGUCACACAGAUCGUCACAGAGGUCACGGGCCGAGUCGACCACACCCACUGGCACCCCGAGACUGACACCGCGCUCCGUAUUUCCCGGCCUCUCCUCCCACCCCUUUAUACCCGAGGCGCUCGAGCCCGAAGACUCGGACCAGGACCGUGACCACGACCGUGACCAAUUGCAACCACAAGACGAACGAGAAGACCCGGAACCGUCGCCCACACGCCUGUCCACCCGCAAAUUCCCCUUGAUCGGCCGAGGAAGUCAGCAGAUCGACGAUGAGGUGAUGCGCCACUCGCCAAUACCGCUAACGCCCACUUCGCCCGCCCACAGUUAUACUUCGUCAAUUGCCCAUUCUCGCCGGGCCAACACGGACUCAGUCAUGGUUGUCGAGAACUUCUCCCGUCCGCGCAAGACGAGUGUGUCUAUCCGAUCCAAGAACUCGGACAUCUCCGUCAUGCGAGCGGCGCCACCGGUCCGCCAUCAUGAUGAACCUUCGUUCGACAGCCUGCACCCUGCAAACAACCACCCGUCACCAUACAACGAAAACAUUGCGCCUAAUCAAUGGCCCCAGGACCGCCGCUUCUCCACUGCGUCUUCGCACUCGUCAAGCACCUUUUCGUCUUCGAUUGCCAAACGUCCGUCAAAUGACCAGCUUCAAGCCGCGGCAGCCAGGGACCAGCCGCCAGUAACAAGGCGCCCCUUUGCUGGACGACCUCCGCCGCCUGUCAGCUACAACAACCACAACAACUUUUACUCGCCUACUACCCGCGAACCUCCGGCGUGGAUACAGGAGGAAUUUAGGCCACCAAGCUUUCGCUCUCCGUUUGCUACGAACUCUGGAGAGCGUUGCAGUAUUCUAACCACCCACAGCAUCACUGAGCAAUCCAUCAUCAAUGGCUAUGCUCGCGCAAGUUGGCGAACGAAUUCGGUGGCCGACGACGGCCCGAGCAUCGAGGACGUAAUGGUCAUGUAUGAGCGGGGAUUCAAUGAUUCGGAAAUUGACAACAUCGGUUAUCGCAAAAGCCGGAGGUUUUUGGACGAUACCGACCAUUUUGACCCGGACAUCGGAGUAUUUCCCAUGGGGGAUAACUCCCGACCCGCCACCAGUCAUUCGGAUCCCGACACCGACCGGACGACUAAAAUCUUCGAGGCGAUGCACGACGACCCAUUGCCUUUACCUGGAGCGAGGCCAAUAUCCCGAAAAUCCGCCAGGCUAUCCAAUUUCAUUCUCCGGAAAUCAGGACUCAUGAACUCGUUGCCAAAGGACAUUGGCUUGGCGAUCACCGAAGACAUGGAGAGGAAAAGGCAACAGAGUAUCACAGAGUUUAUGGAGAAGCAGAGGCAGGAAUCAGUAAGCGGGGAGGCUAUGGAAAGGAGGAGGCAGGAAUCUGACGCGAAGGACCCGGCGAAGCACGACUCGGCCAAGUUAAUGGAUGGCGAUAAUGUAAUUGAUUUGCAGGCCCAGGAACCCGCCAUGGCAGGUACUCCCACGGCACCGACGGACUCGAUGGAGUCGAUGGAACCGAUGGAUACCCCUGACCUUGACGAAGUGGAGGAGGAAGAAGAAGAGGAUGAGGAGGAAGCGGCAGUGGAGGAGGAGAAAUUUCGCGCCAUCCUGACACCGAUUCCAACAGCGAAUAUGCCAGUCGAACCACCGGAGGAACCGGGUAGCCGUGACCGAUAUGGUUUCCGAAAAGCCAAUUCCAACGUUACCCGUCAGCAGUAUGACGCCUGGGAUGCCCAAUACAGCGAAUACCUGGCACGCCGCAGGAGGAAAUGGAUUGCUUUUCUCAAAGAUAACUCUCUCAUGACGGACAGGCCGAACAGGUUUCCCCCAAGAAGUAACAAGACCAAGAGGUUUAUUCGGAAAGGCAUUCCGCCCGACUGGCGCGGUGCGGCUUGGUUCUAUUACGCCGGAGGGCCAGCACUUCUCAGCAAGCACAGGGGUGUAUACGAUGACUUGGUCAGGCGUGCAGGACUAGAUCCGAAAGGUCCAGGCAAGCUGCCGGAUGCAAAGGGUGAAGUAAAGCCGUUGAUCUGCGAAGACAUCGAGAAGGAUCUACACCGAACAUUCCCGGAUAACAUACGAUUCAAACCGCCACCAUCGACAACACCUGGUGGUGACAGCCAGGCUGCUAGUGGAUAUAUCCCGGGCGUCACCCAACCGGCCGACCCUGCCCAGGAGCCCGAAAUUAUCAGCUCUCUGCGCCGCGUUCUCCAUGCAUUUGCCUUGUACAACCCACGGAUCGGGUACUGUCAAUCGCUGAACUUCUUGGCUGGGUUGCUUCUAUUGUUUGUCGAAACCGAAGAGCAAGCAUUCUGGCUGUUGAACGUCAUAACACGAGUCUAUUUACCAGGGACGCACGAAAUGAGCUUGGAAGGCUCCAAGGUUGAUCUUGGUGUGCUGAUGGGGACGUUGAAGGAUUCGUUACCCAACGUCUGGAAGCAGAUUGGUGGAGACGAGCUUGAAGGGAACCCCAGCAGAAGACACCGGCUAGGGAACCGCGUGAGGCACGGCGGCAAGAACCUCAGCAUCAGCGAUCCGAACCGACUCCCCGCCAUCACGCUGUGCAUGACGGCCUGGUUCAUGUCGUGUUUUAUCGGAACGCUCCCAAUCGAAACCGUGCUGCGCGUUUGGGAUGUGUUCUUCUACGAAGGCUCUCGCACCCUGUUCCGCAUCGCCCUCACCAUCUUCAAGCUCGGCGAGAAUGAGAUCAGGGCGGUCCAGGAUCCGAUGGAGAUGUUUGGUGUGGUACAGGCGUUCCCUCGGCGGCUGAUCGACUGCAACAUGCUGAUGGAGGCAUGCUACAAGCGGCGCAACGGCAUCGGACACCUGACUCAGGAAGCGGUGGAGGAGAAGCGACAGGAACGACGCGACAACAUCCAAAAAUGGAGGGCCCUUCAGGAGGCCGCUAGUGAGGCUGGACCCCGGCUGAAUAGGGCCGCUCAUAUUGGAAACCCAGCGUCCAGGUCGCAGGCUGCCGGGCUGGACCUCGCUGCCGAAGACGAUGGCCACGGCAACCGGAAGGCUUCAACGCUGUUUAGUAGAAGAAGGGGGGAUCGUGAACAGUCAAGGGCGGAUGAGGUGAUGUAGUGUGCACCUCGGCCCGUGUCCAUACUUGCUCUUGGUCCUCUGAACCUAAACCUCGGCGGAAGCGCUCAUCACAACCAUAACCAUGAUCACUUGGAGAGCGGGAGCUCCUGAGCAGAACAAAUGCUUCCUUCCCACUCUUACUCGAAUGUCAUUCAAGCUUCCAUCAUCUAUCUAUCUGCUGGCAUCAUAUCCAACCAAGACUAGCCUUUUUUUUUUUCCUGUCCGCUCUGUAUAACUCCUCCCCCCGCUCAGGCGGUGCCUUUUACCUAUUGUAAUUUUUCGAUACCACCAUGGGCCUAUCAGAUCAUAGCAUAUAUCCUUUGAAAGGUUUUAGCCUUUUAUCCAACACAACAAAGACACAUACAACAACACUACUCGGCUGACUUGACGUCUUCCUCAACAAUUCCCUUGUAUCUUGUCUACACUACUACCUACCUACUUUACCUUUGAUGUUGUCAUGACUCACAAGUCUUGUUAAUUCUUCCAUUCCCCCAAAUGGAAGGGGCUGUUUAUACCUUUCUACUAUGCACAGGCUGAAGCCUAUGCGCCUUAUAGCACCCCCCAAUCUCUAUCAUUACCAACCACAUCCUCUUGCAGAGGGCGCAUCUCCCUGUCUUUUUCCUUUGUACAUAUCUUCCUUGGGGCGGUCGGGAAGCGGUUGUUGCGGCGCUUUGUGUCUUGUUGUUGUUGUUGUUGUUGUUCAUUUGAUUGUUUUUUUUUUCUGCGUUUGUAUGUACACGAGAGGAAGAGGGGAUCGAUCUCAAAAAAAUACGCGGAAUGGUUUUGUUCUUUUAGAAGGAGCCAAGGUAAAGGCAAAGGCAAGGAUUAUUCAUUCAGUCAAGGUCGCACAUAUGGUCAAGGUUUCAGGCGGAAGGAAAGGGAAAGAGAAAAAGAGAGCGGAGUUGCUAUGAAGGGGACAAGUUCGAGAUUCGAAAGCAUAGCAUAGCAUAGGCAUAGGCAUAAGCAUAUUGCAUAAGUUGAACUACGUACACUACAAUUAAGCAUGACUUGAAUGGAG